AUGAACAGACACAGAACAAAAAAGCCUAAGCCAAAAUCUCUCUUUAAGCAUUUUAAAAAGCUUAAUAACAGAAUUAUCAUUCUCACAGAUGUUCUUGAGAAGGAGGUUGAUUCCUCUAAGGCAUCACAAAAGGGCAAGAUUAACAUAAACCGUCACUCCAGAAUCAAGAGUAUAGACUCUUAUAUAGAUCAAGCGAAUCAGAGGAAGUUGUCCCUCACUCAUGAAUCCAAGAAGAAGACAAGACAAAAACUUAGGAAAUUAAGAAACAGAAAGGUCAGUAAUUGCUUGGAAGAACAAAAAUUAAUUGAAGAUAUGAAAUUAAUAAAGCUACCUGAAAAGAACGCCAAACCGAAGUUACACAUCUGGCCUAGCUUUAAUACUGAUGAGGAGUUGUUGUCUGAGAAUACCAAUGAGUUCCUCAGAUUUGAUUUCAAAUAAAUAAGCCUAUUAUACAAAACAAGGUGCUUGUCAGAGAAAAUUUUAUGCAAAGGAACGUUAGAAAUAUAAAAAGACCAAUCACGUCUAAAUCAAGGAAUGGUAAACCCCUUCAUUCAAGAUUUGUCAGUGGGAGUAGCAUAGAUCACCAAAAGCAUCAGAAGAAGUUUACUGGUGGUGCUAAUAUUAAGACCUGCUUCUCACCAAAUGGAAGAAAUAAUCCCAAAAAGAGACUUCUCUCAGCUGAAAAUAGUGAGGGGAGGAACAACUAUCAUAAUGAAACUAUGUUCAGUGUGAAUAUUUCUACUGGGGAUAAGAACUCAUUAUUUUCUCCUCAAAAUUACAUGUCUCAAGCCAGCUCUGAUGGUAAUACCAAAGAAUCUCCAAAGAGAUAUUUUGUAAGGAAAUAGAAUGAAGAAAGUAUUGCUUUUAAGUAAGCAAUUUUCUGAAGAUAAACUGAGUGUACCUGAUAUGAUGAAGUCACAAAAUAGUAUAAUUAUUGAUAAAACUCCAAAUGAUAUUGACUAUGUAUUUACCAAUCAACAAAUUAAGCAGCUGAUUAGUGUUAGGAGCGAAGAUUUUGGCUGAAAUUAUUCAGAUUUUCAAAAGGAACUAAUGCAGAAAAUCGUUCACAAAUAACUGAAGAAACUCUAUAAUCAGGUUAAACAAUCUCAAAUUUGGCUUGAAAAGUUUAGAAUAUCUAUCUGAUCUAAUGUAUUUCUCAAAAAGAAUCUCUAGACUGUAUUUGAGCAAUAACUCGAUUGGGGAUCAAGGAGUAGAGAAGAUAUCAAAAUUUCUGAAAGGAUACAAUGAUUUAGUACAUCUAGAUAUUUCUUCAAACAAAAUUACACCCGGUGGUUUUAUCAAACUGUUUGAUGCAUUGCUCAAAAAUAUUACUCUAGUGUCUCUGGAUUUGUCUAAUAGAAAUAAUGUUAAUAAGAACAGGCUUGGAGAAGAAGGAGCAAAAGCAUUGGGAAAUUUAUUGGAAUCAAAUAAAAUGAUCCAAAUUCUUGAUCUAUCAAUGCUAUCGAUUCAGGAUUAUCAUAUGAAAGAACUCUCAAAUUCGAUAGUAGCCUCAGAUAACUUGGUUUCUCUCAGGUUGAGCAAUAAUGAAUUAAGCUUUAAAUCUAUGAGCUCAAUAUGACAUUUGUUUUCUUGAAACUAUCUUCAAAAACUUGAUAUUUCAUAUAAUACAGUUUUCACUGAUAAUUCAAUGGCAAUAUUUUGAAAGCAUUUGAAACACCAGAAAAAAAAUUUAAAAGUGCUUAAAAUAAAAUAAUUGAGGAAAAAUCACCCCAUUUUUCUUCAAAAUCCUCUCUCAAAACCGCUACCUAACCCAAAUCUCCCUAUCCCACAACGAUCUCCACACCAUCCCCCUCCAAACACUCAAACCCUUCCUCUAAUCUCCACCAACCUCACCCACAUAUCCAUCUCCCACUGCCGCUUAGACGACGCUCACAAACUCUGUAUCCUAAAAUACCUCCCUAAAAACCCACUCAUAAAACGUGUUGACCUCGAAGGCAACAAUUUUUCCUUCACAGAAAAAUCCUUAUUGGCAAAAUACACUCCUAAAGAAUCCAGGAAUUAUAGAAUCGACGAAGAGAUUAUUCCAAGUCUCUUAAAAGUCCAUCGCUUAAAGAACAGCAAAAUCCAGGUCCCUACCAUAAAUCUUGGCGAUGCUGGGGCCAUCGAAGAGCUUGGCGAAGUCAAAAAGGAAAAGACUCAAGAGAAAUUAAUGGACAGGAUCAGGCUAAGAGUCAGAAAAAUGUAUGGGCCUGAAGAGAAAGCGAUCCAGGGCAGAACAGAAGAUUAUGAUGAAGUAGAGAUGAUGUUUAAGACGGUGAUUUGUGAGCACCAAGCUGAACAUAGGGAACAAGUUGAGUAUUCGAAGAGAAAUGAGAAGCUGUUUGAGGAUAUUACAAGAGAUAUUGAACGAUUGAAGAAGCAGUAUGGGUAUAUAGAUGGGAAGUGGACAAUGCCAAAGCGACAGGAAGAAAUAAAAUAAGUUAGAAGAAGAACAAGAAAAUAUGAAAAAUCGGCUUAGAGAAGCCAAAGAGCAAUAAUACAUGGAAAUUGAACAUAAAGCUAGAGUAGUUGAAAGAAGAAAAAUACAAAUAGAAAACAAAGAAAGGAUGAAACAAUCACUCUUAAAACAACAGAUAGAUAAAAUAGAAGACAGGGACUAUUAUUCAGAUGAACUUGAGAAAAAUAAGCUUGAUCACGAAGUAGCGAUAUCAAAACUUCAAAAAGAGCUGGAUGUUCAGACCCAAAGCUUCUAUAACAUAAAAUCAGAGUACCUCUUUCUUGAAAAACAAGUACAAGAUGUGAAGAAGGAAAUAGAAAUGCUAAAGAAAAAGAAUAAGAAAUCAUCCAAGAAAACUAAAGACAAAAGCAAAGAUAAUCUCUAUGAAAGACAGUUAGCUAUGAGGCAAGUUUCAAAUGUUGCUUCACCCAAAGAGCAAGGGUCAUCUGGCCCACUCCAACUUGGCUCAAAGAAGAAGAGUAGAGGUAGACCAAAGGCAAAGAA